UGCAGCGGUGUAAUGUAUGAAUAUAGCGUCAAGUGCUGCUGUUGUGACCAGGCCGUGGGCUCGGCAAAACAUGUAGAAUAGAAACCAUGAAGGCAACAAAAGAAUAACCUUAAAUCGUUUGAAAGGACUGUUUUCUACAGACAGCGGCUCAGUUGCAAAUAGAGAGACCAGCUCUCCUGUUGUGCCAAUUUUACAUGAGAACGUCACCUUAGAACCCAAGAAUAGUUUCAUUGGAGCUCCUGGAAAUGACAAGCGUCAUGGAUUGAAAGCUGCAGCACUGAUGCAUCACACUGUUGAGGGGUGCACAUCAGUGGGGCCAGUUACAAUGGAAGGAUCGCUGACGGAGCAACAGCUUGGCCUCCGACAGGCAGAGGAACGUCUUUACAGAGAUUAUAUCCACAAGCUUUUAAAACAAUCCCCAGAAUACCCAAAGUAUCAAUACAUAUGCAAGCUGUGUUCGGUUCAUAUUGAGCACAUUCAAGCAGCACACAAACACAUAAAGGAGAAGAGACACAAGAAGAACAUAAUGGAAAAACAGGAGGAAAAUGAACUGCGUGCCCUGCCACCCCCUAAUACUGUACAGCUAAGAGCCAUCGACACAGCUGUUCUGGAAGCAGCCAGGCAGAAGGGGAUUUCUGAGGAGGACUUUGAGCAUCGAAAGGCUGUGGUUAUUAGGAUGGAGGACAUCAUAAAGAAACACCUCUCAGCUUGCACUCUAAGUCUCUACGGUUCUUGCCUUACCCGAUUUGCCUUCAAGACGAGUGAUAUCAACAUUGAUGUCAUCCACCCAUCCACAAUGACACAACCGGAAGUCCUGAUUCAAGUGCUUGACAUCCUGAAAAACAGCACUGAAUUUUCAGAGGUUGUGUCAGACUUUCAUGCCAAAGUUCCUGCCAUCAUCUGUCGUGAUGUCAAAAGUGGCUUGAUUUGCAAAGUGAGUGCAGGCAAUGAUGUUGCUUGUCUCACGACAAAUCACAUGGCAGCCUUGGCUAAAAUGGAACCCAGGUUGGUUCCCCUGGUGCUGGCUUUCCGGUACUGGGCAAGGCUAUGUCACAUUGACUGUCAAGCCGAGGGUGGAAUCCCCUCAUAUUCCUUCGCUCUCAUGGUCAUCUUCUUCUUGCAGCAGAGAAAAGAGCCAAUCCUCCCUGUCUACCUGGGCCAUUGGAUUGAUGGCUUUGAUGUGAAACAUGUGGAUGAGUAUCAUCUUACAGGAAUCCAGUCAGACAUGUAUGUGCAAUGGGAGCACAGACCUUCUAGCACCACGGAUGGGCAGGUAGAGAAUCAAAACAAUGCUAGGGGGGAAGGCAGAUCAAAACCAGAGCGCAGUAAACCUGAUAAGGCUCAGAUUUCACAUGGCUUGGCCCGGCUGACUUUUGAAUUGUGUGAAGAAGUGUCACUGGGACACUUAUGGUUGGAACUCCUGCGUUUCUACACUCUAGAGUUUGGAUUGGAAGAAUACAUUAUCAGCAUCCGUUUAAAAGCGCUUCUAUCUCGGGAAAUGAAGAACUGGCCUCGCCGCAGGCUUGCUAUAGAAGAUCCUUUUGCCUUGAAGAGGAACGUUGCACGAAGCUUGAACAGCCAAAUGGUGUUUGAGUACAUACAGGAGCGGUUCCGCACAGCUUAUAAAUACUUUGCCUGCCCACAGAAAAAAGGCAGGAUGGAGCAGAAAAGCAAGAUGGCUGGCAAGCAAGGGUCCAAGUUGUCCCGAGUAGAGAAGAAAGGGCCUGCAUCAAUGUGUGCUAACAAGAUUGAGACUAAUUUAUCGAAGUUGACAGAUGAGAACAUUCAAAUGACAUUCCAACAAUCAAAGGAUGAUGACAUUUUGAGCGACAAUAAAGCUAGGUCAGAUCUGUCCACAGAGGAGGAUGAGAGGCUGCUUGAUGGCAGCCUCAUGGCUAUGGCCCUCAGUGAAGAGAGCAAAGCCUCUGAACACUCUUCCCUUCCCACCAAUGGAUUACUGCACGAAGAAAUAAAGGGUGAAGAGGAGGAAAACUGUUUUUCUGAAAAAGAGGGAGUCGCAACAUCAGAAGAGCUUCACUAUAUCUUUGAUAAGAUGAUUUUCACGGGCGGGAAGCCUCCAAAUGUUGUGUGCAGUAUUUGCAAACGAGAUGGUCACCUGAAAGAUGAGUGUCCUGAUGACUUUAAAAAGAUCGAGUUGAAGCUCCUACCUCCAAUGAACAACCAUUUCCGAGAGAUCCUGAAUGGGCUUUGCAAACUGUGCCACUAUGAACUGGCACCCACACAUGCUGAGCAGCAGAAGAGAGAGCAGAUCCUUGCCAGUCUGGAAAGGUUCAUAAGGAAGGAGUACAAUGAUAAAGCCCAACUGUGUUUAUUUGGAUCCUCCAAGAAUGGCUUCGGUUUUCAUGACAGUGACCUUGACAUUUGCAUGACUUUAGAGGGUCACGAAACUGCAGAGAAGCUGAACUGUAAGGAGAUCAUCGAAGGCCUUGCUAAAGUCUUAAAGAAGCAUGCAGGACUGAGGAACAUCUUGCCUAUUACAACAGCAAAAGUUCCUAUCGUGAAGUUUGAACACAGGCAAAGUGGUUUGGAGGGAGACAUCAGUCUCUACAACACUCUGGCUCAACAUAACACCAGAAUGCUGGCUAUGUAUGCAGCCCUGGAUCAGCGAGUGCAGCUCCUGGGAUAUAUGAUGAAGGUCUUUGCAAAGCGCUGUGACAUUGGAGAUGCAUCCAGAGGGAGUCUCUCAUCCUAUGCAUACAUCCUGAUGGUGCUUUACUUUCUACAACAGAGGCAGCCUCCAGUCAUCCCAGUCCUGCAGGAGAUCUUUGACGGAACAAGUGUUCCACAGAGAAUAGUAGAUGGUUGGAAUGCCUUCUUCUUCGAUGACCUUGAAGAUUUGCGCCUGCGGCAGCGUAAUACUCAGGUGGAGCUUAACACAGAAUCUGUGGGUGAGCUAUGGUUGGGCCUCCUGCGCUUCUACACCGAAGAGUUUGACUUCAAAGAGCACGUCAUCAGCAUCCGCCAAAAGAAACGUCUCACUACCUUUGAAAAGCAGUGGACAAGCAAAUGCAUUGCAAUUGAAGAUCCUUUUGAUUUGAGUCAUAAUCUUGGUGCUGGAGUUUCUCGCAAAAUGACAAACUUUAUCAUGAAGGCUUUCAUAAAUGGGCGAAAGCUGUUUGGAACUCCCUUCUACCCGGCCCCUGGUACUGAAGCGGACUACUUCUUUGAUGCGAAGGUUCUAACAGAUGGUGAAUUGGCACCAAAUGACAGGUGCUGCAGGAUCUGUGGAAAGAUUGGACAUUACAUGAAGGACUGUCCCAAGAGACGCAGAAUGAAAAAGAAAGAAAAUGACAAAGAUGAAGAUGUAAAAGAUGAAGAGCGGGAGCAAAAAGAUAGGCGUUGUUUUCAGUGCGGGGACACUGGUCAUGUCAGGAGAGACUGCCCUGAGUAUCGCCAUGUAAAGCAGAGGACGGCCGUUGCACCAGCUCCUCACAUGGUACGGUCUUUGGUGAGUUCUCAGUCCAUCACCGGUUCCCAGGUACCACCAGACGGUCCUGGAAGGGCCAGGCUACCCUCGGAGAGUUCCGACAGUUACCGGACUCCACCCUAUUCUCCACAGCCCACGGCUGUGUCUCAAAGUUCCCCUCAGUCCUCCACUUCUCCCAAGCCCUCCCAAAAUAAACCCAUUUCUUCCGGUCCCCAGAAGCAGCCUUCUCACCCCCAAGUGCCACUUUCUCUCUUCAACUUCACCUCAUCCCACCCAAGCCAGUAUCACCUUGGAACCCUGGCUGCCCGAGGGCCUCUUCCCUGCCACCAUCACCAGUCACACCCAUCGCAGGGGCAGCCUCACCACCCAGCUCACAUCGCUUCUCCCUCCUGGCCCAUUCACGGACCUGUCCUUACCACAAACACAACCACUGCCCACUCUCCACCAAGCUUGAAAUUGGCUCUUCGGUCAGCGUCGGGAAGCACGACGAGCUCCGGGGGAAGCCCCAACGCUAUCAACCUGAAUGAUCCCAGUAUCAUUUUUGCACAGCCAGCUGGAAGAUCGCUGAGUGUUGCUGGGCCAGGACGCGAAGGACACUGGCUCAACCGCUUGGCACACCAUGGUUCACUUCUAGGAAAUGGCACCGUGGUCAAGUCAGAUUUGGGGCACUCAUCCCAGUUUAUUGGUGUGAGCCAAGGUUCUCAAGUAUGGGAGCACAAUAAAACACCCCAGUUUGCACUGUCUCCUUCCUGGCCAUACCGAAUGCCGCAGAAUUUUAUCCAGCAGGGAAACGGUGGCUACCAACCAGGCUCUGCGAUGCAUCCGAAUCCAAAUUUGCCCAUGGUUCACCAUGUCAGACACCCAGUAAAUCUGAAUUUCAUCCAGCAGAAAAAAUGAAAUGAUGUUGUUUUAAAAAAAAAAAAAAAAAAAAUGUUUUAUUGGCCAGUGACACAACAAAGUAAAAUUAUGUACCCUUUGCACCAUUUACUGUAUAUCGUCAGAAUUUUUUAAAAGAAUUGUAAAAUUUUUGUACAGUUUUUGUUGUAUUUUUUUGUCUCAUUAUAUUGAUUUGUGAUACAAAUGUCAAAUAUUUUAAUUCCCCAAUUUUGAGGGGGUCCAAAAGUGUUUUUAUUUCCUGUGUAAAGGAGGGGAAAAAAGUACCUGUAUUUUUAUGAGCUUCUCUGUUUGUCAAGAGAUGAAGGCUUUGAAUAAAUAUUUUAUUUAAAACCA